CUCCAAAAUUUAGUGGCUUUGCACCCAGUUUCCUCGCAGACUGGUUCUUCAUAGAUUUUAUCUCCGCGAACAUUUUACAAAGCACACAAUGGAGUUAGCUACCUCUUCAAUCUCUGGCGCACAACUAAGCUUGCUUUGCCCGAAGAAUCUCACACCCUCGACUCCCCACUCUUACAAGUAUCGUAAAAGAACCAAUUUUCCGAACGUUCACUCUCUGGUUGUUCCCCGGCCGUUUUCCAAUGGCUUUAUUUGCCAAGGAAGCAGCUUUGGGUUCAUUAAUAACGCUCCCUCCAUGCCAAAUUUCAAUAAUAACACCCCUAAUAGGAUUUACAAAAGGUUGGAUUCUUGUUUGAUCAUAUCCCCAUCCGGGAACAAGAAGCCACGUGCAAUUAUCAAGUUCUUGGGCGGUGCUUUCCUCGGAGCUGUCCCCGAAGUUACUUAUAGUUACCUGGUUGAGCUUUUGGCCAAGGAAGGAUUUUUUAUUAUAUCGGUGCCGUACAAUGUUACAUUUGAUCAUGAGCGAGCUGCUAAUCAAGUAUACGAGAGGUUCAAUGCUUGCUUGGACAAUAUUCUUGCUUUUGGAUACCCAGAUGCUAAUCUUACUCCUGCUGAUCUUGUUGACCUUCCAAUUUUCUCAGUUGGUCACAGCAAUGGUGCUCUUCUUCAAGUACUCACAGGAAGUUAUUUCUCUGAGAAUAUACCAAAGGCUAAUGCCAUAAUCUCAUACAACAACAAGUCAGCGACAGAGGCGGUGCCAUACUUUGAGCAGUUGGGUCCUCUAGUGAGGCAGAUGAUGCCAAUGGUAGAAUCAUCUCCUGUGUAUGCAAUGGCUAGGAGUGUUUCAGAUGAUGCAUGGAAGAUGUUUAUUGACAUGGCUGGAUCAAUGAUACCUGAAAGAGACCAAGAAGCCCUAGUCUCGUUCACCAAAUUUGUGGAUCAAUUGCCUUUCGUUUUUGGUCAGGUCACUGAAGGGAUAUCAGAGUUCAGGCCAACACCUUCCGAGAACCGUGAAUGUUGCAAGAACAAAUACAACGUUCAACACACACUACUGGUGAAGUUCAACUCGGACACAAUUGAUGAAACUGAUCUCCUUGAAGAGACAUUAAAGCCUCGCGUGGACUCUAUUGGUGGGACGCUCGAAAAGGUCCAAUUAAGUGGCAACCAUAUAACACCAUGUGUGCCGGAACCGAAAUGGCAAGCGGGUUAUGUAUACACUCCGGCAGAUGCUAUUGCUCAGGGACUUAAGACCCUUUCACUGAGUGAAACCAAAGUGCUCUCUAGAACAAUUUCUGAUUGGUUCAGACGUUUUGAAGAGUAACUGCUGAAAUUCGAUAGUAAGUUGAGUCGGUGCAGGCAUACAGUUUAUUGAAAGCACAACGAGAUUAUCGAAGAACAAGGACUUGAAAAUUAGAUAGCUCCAUGUGUAUAGUAAAGCUCAAUGAGCUUUCAUAUGUACCAACAAAGGAAAAAUAGGAAUUGAACUUUAGACUACAAACGGAUCAAAUAAGAAUAUAAAAUGCCCACCUAAGAGCUCCUUUUAUCUGAU